AGUCCGAGUGUGGAGCAGGAGGAGGUGUUGCUACUGAGCCUCCACACGGCGGACCUCAGCCUACUUUACAUACACAGGAGGACGCCACGGAUGAAAACUACAACUCACAGUCACAUACACGCGUGAAAAGUACCAUGUCUUCCCCGAGUGCCAGCUCCAACCCUCUAAGCAUCUUGGCGCGAAAGAGGAAGACCAAGAAGAAACACUUUGUUCAGCAGAAAGUGGAAGUUUUUCGAGCCAGUGACCCCGUGCUGAGCGUGCUGAUGUGGGGGGUCAAUCAUUCGACUAACGACCUUAGCCAGGUGCCGGUACCUGUCAUGCUGCUGCCAGACGACUUCAAAGCCAGCACCAAGAUCAAAGUGAACAACCAUCUCUUCAACAAAGAGAACCUUCCAGGACAGUUCAAAUUCAAAGACUACUGCCCACAGGUGUUCAGAAAUUUGCGAGAGCAUUUUGGAAUUGAGGACCAAGAUUAUCAGGUGUCUCUGGCCCGCAGUCCUCUGUUCAAAGACGAGGAAGGCCAGUGUGUGGGGCUGCUGCUCAUAUCAUAUGACCGCACCUUGGUAGUUAAAGAAAUCUCCAGUGAGGAGGUGGAGGAAAUGCAUAACAUCCUCUCAGAGUAUCACCAGCAUGUUGUCACCUGUCACGGCAACACGCUGCUCCCUCAGUUCCUUGCCAUGUACAGAGUCACAGUGGAGAGCGAGGACACCUACCUGUUAGUGAUGAGGAACAUGUUCAGCCACAGACUGCAUGUACACAGGAAAUAUGACCUCAAGGGCUCUCGGGUGUCUCGUGAAGCAAGCUUUAAAGAGAAGGAGAAGGAGCUGCCCACUUACAAAGACGUUGAUUUUAAGAAUAACAUGCAGAAAGUUUCUGUCAGUGAUGAGGAAAAGCAGAAGGUCAUGGACAAGCUCAACAGAGAUAUUGACUUUCUGGUGCGUAUGAGGAUCAUGGACUACAGUCUACUGCUCGGCAUCCAUGAUGUGGAGCGUGCUGAGAGGGAGGAGGAGGAAGAAGAGAUGGAGUCAACUGAUGAAGAGGAAGAGGAGGAUGAAAACGGCCUGGUCCCUACUCCAGGCUCCAUUUCUCCUGAGGGUAUCGGCGGCUACAUGAACUGCUUCAAACCCAUGGGACCUGGAGAGUUCGACCCUUACAUAGAUGUGUACGCUAUCCAGAGUGCUAUAGGUGCUCCCCGCAGGGAGGUGUAUUUUAUGGGACUGAUUGACGUGCUGACACAGUACGACACCAAGAAGAAAGCUGCUCACGCUGCUAAAGCUGUCAAACACGGGGGAGGAGCAGAAAUCUCAACAGUUCAUCCAGAGCAGUACGCCAAACGUUUCCGGGAGUUCAUUGCCAAGAUCUUUGCCUAGUUGAAGGAUGAAGUCCAGGGGUCUCAUUUAUAAAAGAGUGUGUAGA